UUAAUCUUGGGUGGGGAAAUAGAACCUAGGACUUGUCAUUAAUAAUUCUUGACCAAAUUCGACAUAAACACUACACAUCAAAAUGAGCAAUUUCUCCGACGAACAACUUUCAGAAUACAGAGAUUGCUUUUCACUUUUCGACAAGACCGGCGAAGACAAAAUCGCUUAUUUCGAAGUGGGUGAUUGCUUCAGAGCUUUUGGUCAAAAUCCAACCAAUGCUGAAGUAACCAAGGUUUUAAACAAUCCCACACCAGAAGAACUCAACAGCAAGACCGUUACCUUCGAAGAAUUCCUUCCCAUGCUUGCCCAAAUCAAGAGACAAGCUGUACCGAGCAACAUUGAAGAUUUCAUUGAAGGUCUUAGAGUUUUUGACAAAGAAAACAACGGAACUGUAAUGGGAGCUGAACUUAGACACGUGCUUGCCUCUCUUGGUGAGAAAAUGAAUGAAGAGGAAAUUGAACAACUUAUGGUUGGUCAGGAAGAUACUAACGGCUGUGUCAAUUAUGAAGCUCUGGUCAAAAUGGUAGCCAGCGGAUAAGAAUUAAAGAAGCUUCACCUUUUAUAGUAUGUUAUAGCUUUUAUUAGUCUCAUUCUAAGUGGCUAAAGAACUGGAAAUGACUGGCAAUUUGACAAAGACACCAUCCCUAUUCAUUUAGAAGUACUUACCAAUUAUCUAUAUAGAGAAUGUAAAGAAAUAUUUGUAACUGCGGUUUUGCAACUGUCUGAUCAUCAGCCUAUAGUAUUACAGCUAAUUUUUUCGCAUGAAGUGUAAAUAAAGUUUCGUAAUCAGACCGGUGUUUUGAUUAGUCAGAAAGUAGCAAAGUCGUUACACCAUUAUACAUACCUAUUGAACCCUGGACAACAAUUUGCGCAAAUGUGAUUUGCUUGCCAAUACUAAUUAAUAACUCGUAUGGAGAAAGAACUGAUUAAUUGCACCAAUCGUUAUGUGUAUACCUGAUUUUCAAUCGUAAUCCUCUUGUCGGCAAAUAAAACUUUAAUAAAAACAA